UCGUGGGGGGCGGGAAGCGCUUCGCGGCAGCGGAGCCCAUGUCGGCCCUGAGGCGCUCGGGCUACGGCCCCAGUGACGGCCCUUCUUACGGCCGCUACUACGGGCCCGGGGGAGGCGAUGUCCCGGUGCACGUACCUCCGCCCUUAUACCCCCCUCUUCGUCCGGAGCCUCCCCAGCCUCCGGUUUCCUGGCGAGGGCGCGGGGGCGCCCCGGCCGAGACCACCUGGCCGGGCGAAGGCGCAGGUGGCGAUGGCUACUACCCCUCGGGAGGCGCCUGGGCAGAAGCGAGCAGAGCCGGGGGAGGCCACCAGGAACAGCCACCAUAUCCUGGCUAUAACUCCAACUACUGGAAUUCUGUGCGACCCAGGGCUCCAUACCCAGGCUCCUACUCUGUGAGGCCAGAGUUACAAGGCCAGAGCCUGAAUUCUUAUGCAAAUGGAGCAUAUGGACCGCCUUACCCUCCUGGCCCUGGAGCAAGUACUGCCUCCUACUCUGGGGCUUACUAUGUACCUGGCUAUACACAGAGCAAUUACUCCACGGAAGUUCCAAACACCUACCGUUCACCUGGUAACAGCCCAACUCCAAUGUCUCGUUGGAUGUAUUCCCAGCAGGACUGUCCAACAGAAGCACCUCCUCUGAGGGGACAGGUGCCAGGAUAUCCUGCUUCACAGAACCCUGGAAUGACCUUGCCCCAUUAUCCUUAUGGAGAUGGCAACCGCGCUGUGCCGCAGUCAGGAGGGACUGGACGACCACAAGACGAUGCCUGGGCUUCCAGCGCUUAUGGGAUGGGAGCCCGUUACCCCUGGCCUUCAGCUGCACCCUCAGCCCCCUCGGCUGGGAGCCUGUACAUGACGGAAAGUGCUUCACCGUGGCCAGGCAACAGUUCUCCUCAGCCGCCUCCUUCACCCCCACCUCAGCAGCCUAAGGACCCCUCGUACUCCUACAACCCAUCGGGUCAAGGCCUGAGCCGGCACAGCUUUCCCUGCAGCGUCCAUCAGUAUGAAUCUCCGGGAGCAGUGAACAAUGACAACUCAGACCUUUUGGAUUCUCAAGUCCAGUAUAGUGCUGAGCCUCAGUUAUAUGGUAAUGCCAGCAGCGAGCAUCCCAGCAACCAAGUUCCGAGUAAUAAUCUCCCAGAAGAGUGUUUCUCUUCAGAUGAGGGCACUCCUCCAAGUAUUAAAAAGAUCAUACAUGUGCUGGAGAAGGUGCAGUUUCUUGAGCAAGAAGUAGAAGAGUUUGUAGGAAAAAAGACAGACAAAGCGUAUUGGCUUCUGGAAGAAAUGCUGACAAAGGAACUUUUAGAACUGGAUUCUGUUGAAACUGGGGGCCAGGACUCUGUCCGUCAGGCCAGGAAAGAAGCUGUUUGUAAGAUCCAGGCCAUACUGGAAAAAUUAGAAAAAAAGGGACUAUGAAAUAACUUGGAAUGCAGGGGAGCCUGUGACUGAUUUGGCCAAAGAACUCUUUAAUUUGGUUAGUUCCCAUCUUUUGAAACGCCUGUUGUGACAAGAAGCAACACAUUCCAACUUUCUCCUGACCUAAAACUUGAAAGGGGGAAAAAACUGGAAAAGCCGGCAGAGGAAUGAAAGCAGCAGUGACAAGAUUCUUUCCGGUUCUCAGAUGACUGAACAGAAUAGGAAACUGGAGUUGUCAGUAUUGCCAAGUAGACCUCUCCUUACGCAAGCCAAGGUGUCUGUAGGCUGCUGCUUGUCAGAUCUAAGGAGGGAGAGAGACUUUAUGUAAAGGUUGUCAAACGCCUAAUCUGAGACAAACAGGCUGUUUUGUAAGCAUCUGGACUGUCACAUUUUUGUGCAUUGUGACUGCAGAUACUUCAUGUGUAUAUUAUAGCUUAGACUCUUGGACCUCUGUUCUGUUUUCUUACCUGCAGGUCACAAGUGUAAUACUAUUCUACUUCUUCGUACAUUUUGUAGUAAUAUGUUUAAUAUAAUCAAAUAUUGGCAGCCAGAUAUGUGAGCAGUUCUGAACGAAUUCAUAUCCUUUUACCACUUGAAUAUAUUGCAGUGUGUGGUGGGCUCCUAAAGUCAUUCGUGUCCUUUCUGUACAGCAUGUUCCAUUCCAUCCUUCCCACUUCUGCUUUUCAUGAUGGGGAAGGUGACUGAAAAUUACAUUGAAAUAGGAAUGACAGUGUUUGUGGACAUUCUUUGCUUUGUUGUAUUUGGAUAAAGAUCCACUUUGAAAUUGCUUUCUUAAGAAAAAUAUUUUUUGGCUCUUGCUGCUUCUAUAGAGAGCCUUAUGAUAAAAACAUGGAAACUUAAAUGCCACGGUUAGUAUAAAUAGUGACGGCAAAAAAGCAACAAAUACAAUUCUUUAAUAACACCAUUCUCCAGUCAGUAGAUCUGUGGGACAGAUCUGAGCUCGGUUUAUGCUGAUAGAAGGAAAAGAAGGAGAUUCACACUCAGGGAAUGAGUCAGCCGUAGCUGAAGUGGAAAAUUCUUUUUUUUUUUUUAAUUUAAAUUUGGUCUAUAUUUCGUAGGGCAAAUUGCAUAGAAUUGCCUGUUUCAUAAGAAAGAUGUUAUUUAAUAUUAGUAAUAGUCAAUUUAGAGCCAAGUUUAAGAAAGGGGCCUUUCUUGGUUAUCCGUGUAUGUUGUUAUUCAGAGACAGGUAAAUAAUUUACCUUUUAAGCCUAAAGUGAGAUCUAGCAUUCAGUAUCCGCUUUUGCAACAGAGGCAGUUUCUUAGUAGAAUAUCAAGGUGAUACUUUUUUCUAGACUAGCAGGCCUUUAUAUUAGUGAUACUAAGCCUGUAGCCUUCCCUUCUGCUCACAGGAAUCAAACAAAUGCUAACCUAGGAUGAGAAAAAGUGUAGUAAAAAGAUUGUCUACGGGCUAGAGAUGUGUGUGGCUCUGCCUAACAUACAUGAAGUCCUGGGCUAAAUCCCCAGUAGUGGAUAAACCAGCCAUAGUGGUACAUACCCAUCUCAGCAUUUGGGAGGUAGACACAGGAAGACUACAAGUCUAAGGUCAUCCUCAGCUACCUAAUAAAUUCAAGGCCAGUCUGAGCCAAAUAAGAUCCUGCCCCAAAAAAUAAACAGGAUAAGUGACUCAAGAAGUGAUCAUUGUAUCCUAGGAGUCUGUAGUUUUUAAAAAAUAUCAUUUGGCUGAGUUUGGUGGUGUACACUUUUAAUUCAGUCAGAGGAGGCAGGUAGAUCUCUUGAGUUCAAGGCCAACCUGGUCAGCCAAGGCUAUAUAAGGAGACACUAUCAAAUCCAUUUCAUCUCAUUUAAUCUCUUAUCUAUCUAAUCAAUCAUCUGUCUAUGGGGUGUGUGUAUUCUUGUGUGCACACGUGUAUGUGUGUUUUAUAUCUAUAAUUUUUAUUUUUGAGACAGAAUUUCAUGCCGGGUUGGCCUUAAACUUGGCAUAUAGCCUAGGACAACCUAGAAGUUCUGGUCCUCCUGCCUCACUUUGUAUUACACAGGUAGGUGUGUGCCUGGUUUAUGCGGUGUCAGGCAAGCACUGUACUGAGGCAUAGCUUAUGUAGAAUAUAUAAAAGAGAAUAUAGAAAUGUCUUUAAAAGGUUUUCGAAGCUGGAUUUGUGGCACACGCCUGUCACUCCAGCAUUAUGAGGCAGAGGCAGGGUACGUGGAUCUCUGAAUUUGAGGCUAUCUUGGUCUACACAGUUCCAGGCUAGCCAGGAGUGAGCUCUAAGUAACCCUCCAAGCGUUUUCUAUAAAAGUUUUGACAAUUAUGCUCUAAGAGGAGAAACCUUAAAGCUUAGCUGUGUUGUCAGUGAGACAGUGAGAGAUUCGGAAGGAAACGUCUUACUUCACUUACGCUGCCCACGAUGCCAAUUAAUGCACAUCCUUCAUUGGUGUGUGUGUACAUGUUACGCACAAAUGAACAUAUAUGUGUAUAUACCUUAAGUUAUUUUUUGAACUACUAACAUGAUUUUAAACUUACAGAAGAGUUGUAAAAAUAGCAUUCCCGUGUAUCCUCCAUCUGCCUUCCCCUUGUUUUGACAUCUUCUCUAACAGAAACAUUUGUUAAAAUUAAAGAGUUAAUAGUGCUAUUAAUAUUAGCUGAAGUAGCAAGCUAAAAGUAGACACUUCAUUUAUCUUUUUAGUAGCAUCCUCUCAACUGUUCCAGAUCCAGUUUUGCAUUUGGUUGUCUGUCUCAGUAGUCUUUUGCUCUGUGAUGUUACAUCCUACGGAUGGCUGGUGUUGUCAUGUGAUCCUGGCGUGGUUCACAACUGAGCGCUCAGCUAACUUGGUGUCUGCUAGGAUCCUCUGCUGUAAGCUUUACCCUGCUUUCCUUUGUAAUUACUAAGUAUUUGCUAGAGACACUUUGAGACUAUGCAAAUGUCCUGUUUCUGCUUAGAGUUUGCCUCUUACUAUCUCCUGGCAGAUCUUGCUUGUGGCAUUUACUACUGUGGUGUUUAAACGGUGAUUUUUUUAUUCUCAUUUCUUCUAUAUUUAAUAAUUGGAAUUCUUCUGGAAGGAACUGUGGUUUCUGGAUUUAUAUUUUUAAUUAUAUCAAGAUAUUCAGGAUAGGUAUAAACUCAGAAUUUAAAGAUAGAAAUUAUGUUAAUUGGUUCCAGUGGCCAGUAUCAAAGAAAAAAAAAAGCAACAUUUGUGACCUGUCUUUGAAAAUGUAAUGAAUAAGAAGGAAACUAGUAUUUAUGAUUCGUAAAAUUUGUUUGACUUUUGACUUGAAUUUGAUUUAAAACUGAAGCAAUUUUCUUUUGAAAUUCACAACUAGACUUUUUAAAGGUGUCUAAAUUUAUAUUACUUUGGGGGUCAUUUUUGUCAAAAUCUUGAAUAAAGUUACCUACACCUGGCAUGAUAAA